AUGGACAUGGUCAUCUUCAGCGGCUUGCUACCUUUGAUUGGUGUUUGCGGCUUACUGACCAACAUCUUAAACAUCCUGGUAUUGUCCAAGUACGGCCUGCACGAGACGACCUCACUUAUGUUGUUCUCUUUGUCUGUGAGCAACCUGUUUUAUUCCUUAGCUCAGCUCUUUCAAAGACUGCACAGUUUCGUGGCUCUGUUUGACCCGAUACUGGCAAUGAGCGUCAAGACCAUCUCAAUAGUUUACAUUGUUUCUAUUCCAGGCUACUUUAGCGCCAUUAGCAAUCUCCAUACGACCAUCAUAGCAGUGGAGAGACUUGUUGCCGUAUGUUUCCCGUUAAAGAUGUCCUGGGUUUUUACACCUUAUCGUGUGAAGUUGUUGCUGGUUUUUAUUUAUUUCUAUGUUGUUGUACUAUUGAUGCCGACGUGUUUUUUAUAUGAACCAUCUUGGAUCUUUGACGCCAGCACAAACAAGACCAUCGUAGCUAUGAAGUCAACUACGUUUUUUAAAAAGAAUUUUGAUAGCAUUACUCAAUACUUGUAUUUGGGACUGCCGAUCCUGCUAAGCACAUUACCUUUUGUAAAUACCGUCGUCUGCUCCAUCGUUAUUGGCUACAAGAUGACCGUGAGGCGCAAAACCAGUUUGAUCAAGAUGUCCAGCUUGUCAAAGGAUGUGAAGGAAAAGAAAGUUAUCAAGAUGAUGCUGACAGUGUGUGUGGUCAAUUCUUGCUUGUCUUUACCUGUAAUGGCCAUCAACAUUAUUCUUGUCUAUAACAACACGCUUAUUCAAUCUUUAAGUAAAAUGUAUUAUCUACUACGUACUUUCAAUACAGUUUUCUCUCAAGUUAACGCUACCAUUAAUUUUAUCAUCUACAUUUCCAUGAGUUCUAAAUUUGCAUCAACUCUUUACGAAAUUUACCAUUGUGGAGUUAAGAAAAUUAAAAAGUAG